CCACAUAGUAAUUCUGUUCUCCACUGUCUACUUCACACGAUGAAAGCUGAAGAACAUGGCAGCAGAAGAAUCACUCCAUGAAAGAUUGCUGGGGGAACCAAAACUGAACCAGACCAUAAAGCUGAAAGAUGGGCGUCAAUUGGGAUAUGCGGAAUAUGGCACAGCGGAUGGGCCCGCAAUCUUUUACUUUCACGGUGGCAAUGGAUCACGCUUGGAAGCGCAAUGGUUUGCUGAAGCCGCCGCCAAGCGUCAAAUCCGACUCAUCGCAGCUGACCGCCCCGGAUUUGGCCUCUCCUAUUUUCAGCAAGAUCGACAAUUGCGUGAUUGGGCAAAUGAUGUGCAAGAACUAGCGGCGGCCCUAAGCAUACAUGACAAAUUUAGCAUCUUUGGCCUCUCGGGUGGCGGCCCCUUUGUAGCGGCACUGGCCCACUUGAUCCCGGAACGUCUUCACCGUGCCGCCAUCAUUAGUGGCACAGCACCACCUGAUGCCAGUGAUCGUUUUCAAGGAAUGUGGUGUCCAGUUAAAAUGAUCUUUUGCUUGGCACGUCGUUUGCCAGCCAUGCAUCGAGUUGCCUUGCAGCAAAUGGGCAAGUUUUAUGCGGAUCCGGAACAAAUGCGGAAAACCAUGCUCAAGGGCAUGCCCAAACCCGAUGUCACCUUUCUAGAGCGAGUGCCCAUUGCAGUUGAUAUCUUCUCAGCAGAUGCAAGGGAAGCCCAUCGCCAGGGAAUUGAGGGUGAUGCCCAUGAAUGGCAACUCUAUGUAAAUGACUGGGGAUUUCAGAUGGAAGAUAUUUCCAUGGAGAUUGGGCUUUGGUAUGGUCGCUAUGAUGUGCAGGUGACUCCGGCAAUGGGACAAUACUUUGCUGAUACACUCCCGAAGUCAGUUUAUCAUUUGGUGGAUGAUGGCGGGCACUUCUCGACCAUCAACAAUCACAUUGACAGCAUCAUCGCAUAUCUAACUGAAUCAUAGAAAUUGUGUUCUUCCUGGCAUUGGUCGAAGCUUUGUUUCUGGAUGUCCUAUGGUUGGGCUGGGGUACCGUACGGUAGGUCCUGAAGUUGGACCAGGUAGUUUUACCUACCGAUGCAUGUAUCGAUAUAUAUAUCCAGGUAUUACCAUUGAAGAGGCGGAGAUCACAGGUAGGUCUGGCCGGUCAUGGGUUCUGGAGCCAGACCAGGUGUUGGUCCCAAGGUUGGUCUUGGAGCUAAAGGAGAACGGGCGAGGUGCUGGACCAAGAAGACUUUGGCCUUGAUGCGCUU